AUGGUAAACAUUGAUGUCGACCAGAUCACUCAAGAUGAGAAGCAAUUGGACAUUUCUGUCAAAAGAUCCACCUGCAUUUAUCAGUAUCAGUAUCAGGGUAUAGCAUGGGAUGCAGCAGCUAGUGUGGUCAAUCAACAUAAAAAAACCGGUCGAUUCAUGGUUCCCAAAAAGGUGUUAGAGGCCAGGAGUCGGCGUGGAAUGAUUGAAAGUGUUGUGCUCUUCCAAGAAGCCUGGUGUGGUCCAAAGGUAGGCGACGGCAACAACUUAGACGAUAUUUGCGAAUCAAUGUGUCCUCUCUAUCAUGGGGGAUCUGAAGCUCUCUACGAAAUCCGAUACGAUGGAAAUAAGAUCAGGGCUUCAAAAAUUGAAGAUGUUCAGAGAGUCCUCAAAUACGUCAAUCUUUAA